UCACAAUAUUACGAGAUACGGCAUACGGCAACAUUACGAAGUAACUUGCAUCCCAUCGCAUCAACCAACCAACCAACCAACUCAGCAGAUUAUUCGUAAUUUCUUGGAAAUCUCCUAAUACCGCACACGUUUGACGACGAACGUGCAGUCUGCUGUUUUCCUCGACUCAUCUGCUGGCAACAGUGUGUUUCUUCCACUUAUCACCUUGAGUAAACAGCAGAGAAAUGAGGAGAACGAGUGGCAGAUAAGGUGUCUAGAACAAAUUUAUCACUCCACCAUCAUCCGGGCAUCGCUUCGGCAGCUUCUCAUGAGAUUUGACGACAAUUUACUUUUUGAAUGCACACAGCAUGUAGCUGAAAGUGCAACAAAGAAUCGUCCUUUGGACCGAUUCGCAGCACUUGAUUAACCGCGCUUGCUGGCGUGCACUUCGAGUCAGUACAGAAGCUGCUGGAGGUAGUAGCUGGCGACGCCGUUUAAAACGGAAGAUCUUCCAUAAAAUGCUUGAUCAUCGGAAUUGUGACGAAAACAGCGUUUUGGUGAAAUCACCGAGUAGAUCGGCCGUGCUAGGUGGAAGACUGGACCGGAAAAAGUCACUGUCUACACCGAUAAUUCCGUUACAAAACGAAAAGUUCUUAUGUGUUCCUAUACAUGUAACACAUGGAGUGCCCAAGCAUCAGUUGCGGCCAGCACUGGCACAUGAGUUUGCCUACGAUGAUAUCGCCAUUCAUACAGAAGUGCAGCAAACAACAACUUAUCACACUAUACCAAAAAGUGCCUCCCAAUCGACCUUAACUAUUCCUGAAAAUUACAGUUUCACGUCAGUGCAGAUUCAAAUUUAUCGACGCCGGUGGUUUUUAUUAGUUUUGACCGUGUUGAGCAUUGCCGUCUCUUAUGUGCAGUGGAUUCAAUAUAGUAUUGUCGCGAAUAUAAUGGCCAAAUAUUAUAACAUUUCUGCGGCAUGGAUAGACUGGACCUCCAUGAUAUUCAUGGUGAUUUACAUUGUUUUAGUGUUUCCGGUUUCUUACGUUAUGGACGUUAGAAACAUGAGGCAGUCGGCGGUGAUCGGAACCGUGGGCACAGCUUUAGGAGCAUGGAUAAAAGUAUUUUCCACGAACCCUAGUCAGUUUGAAAUAGUGAUGAUCGGGCAAACUGUAUCAGCAAUUGCUCAAGUGUUUCUGCUCAGUAUUCCCUCACGUUUGUCGGCUACAUGGUUCUCUCCACAAGAAGCUUCCUCCGUUUGUGCAUUCGGUGUGUUUGGAGCGCAACUUGGAAUUGCAAUUGGAUUUUUCCUAACACCCAUGAUCAUAGUCAAUAACGACGACGUUAGUUUAAUAGGUGUAGACUUGCAGAUUUUCCUCAUGGGUGUAGCCGGAUUUUCUACUAUGAUAGCAUGCAUGGUGAUAGCAAUAUUCAAAUCAGAACCUCCGUUCGCGCCUAGUCAGUUGCAGGCGCUCCAACGUACUAUGAAACCUCGUCGCAAAGAUUAUUGGCCAUCCGUUGUCCGCUUGCUGCAAGAUGAAAAUUAUAUUAUUCUGGUAAUUGCCUAUGGCAUCAACGUGGGACUAUUCAAUGCUUUCUCUACACUGCUAAACCAGAUAGUACUGAAUUACUUCCCGGAUAGCGCCACGGAUGCAGGUCGCGUUGGCCUGGCAUUGAUCGUUUUGGGAUUGAUAGGAUCAAUGGUGUUUGGAUAUCUGUUGGAUACCAGCCAUAAGUAUAAGGCAACGGCCGUAUGGGUCUGUCGGUUAUCAGCUGUGACAAUGGUUAUAUUCGCACUUGCUCUACAAAGUCGUUCCAAAAAACUGCUAGCAGUUGCUUCAGUGUUCCUUGGAUUUUUCAUGACAGGCUUUCAACCAAUUGGAUAUGAAUUUGCUGCAGAACUUACCUUUCCAGAGCCUGAUGGUCCCGUUAUGGGGAUUCUCAACAUCUCAACACAAGUCUUCGGUAUCGUGAUAACUUUAAUGAUUUCUGGACUACAAAAUAUCUUGGGAGACUUCGUUGGAAAUAUAGUUUUUGCUGCCUUUCUAUUUUUGGAUGGGAAUAUUAUAGCGCUGAUUCAGUCGGACUUGCGGCGAUAUAAAACUCAUUUAGAAAUAGAAAAUGAGGCAGCGAGAGAAUUCGCAGAGGACGCAAGCACACGUUAUGGAGAUAUCUCAAGCUACGAGGAUGCACCGUUGAAGCUAAAAAUAGAUGCACCUAUCUGAUAAAGCGACUUCAAGAACAUAACCGACUAACAACAUAAGUGACUUCAAGAACCGUGUGUAGUAAAUAAGGUAUCUCGUGUUCUGUAAGAAUAUGGCAUGUUUAGAAAAGCUUCUAUAUUUUUAAAACUCUUUUAAAUACCAAUGGUUGAUACAUACUACAUAAAAAAUAAAUAUACAGUUCGUUUUUAAUGAGUGGCAUUGCAUAAUUUUGAUGCAUAACCUUUAUUUUAAUUUUAAUUAAUGCGCAUUUGUUGAUUGAUAAUUAUCUUUUAAGCACGAAUCAGUAAUAAUUUAGUUAUGUAAAUAAAAAGGUGGGCCAUAUGU